UCGAAACUAAAGGUUACAGAUGCAAAGCACCAGCACGCCACUUCAGUCCAGGAAGAGGAAACGAGACAUCUCCAAUGUGGACAAGGAGGUGGGAGAAAGGAUCGGCAAAAUCCCCAGAUGCACCGUGGGGUUGAAGGAGCCAGCGCCUUUCGCCGACGAGCUGGUGCCAGCGAAUUCGCAGCCUUACCAGAGGGUCUGCAUGGAAGAGGCCAAACGGGGAACGCCGCCGGAAAGGCCCGUGAGGGUGUAUGCUGAUGGGAUCUUUGACGUUUUCCACUCAGGACAUGCCAGGGCUCUAAUGCAGGCCAAAUGCCUCUUCCCAAACACACACCUCAUAGUCGGAGUCUGCAGUGACGACCUGACGCACAAGUUCAAGGGCUUCACGGUCAUGAAUGAAGACGAGCGCUACGACGCCAUCCGACAUUGCCGCUACGUGGACGAAGUGGUGCGCAACGCCCCCUGGACGUUGACGCCAGAGUUCCUCGCCAAACACCGCAUUGACUUUGUGGCCCAUGAUGACAUCCCGUACUCCUCGGCUGGCAGUGACGACGUGUAUAAGCACAUCAAGGAAGCAGGCAUGUUUGCGCCCACCCAGCGGACAGAAGGCAUCUCCACCUCUGACAUCAUCACGCGCAUCGUCCGCGACUACGACGUGUACGUCAGGCGCAACCUGCAGAGGGGCUACACGGCCAAGGAGCUCAACGUCAGCUUCAUCAACGAGAAGAAGUACCAUCUGCAGGAGCGUGUGGACAAGGUGAAGAGGAAGGUACGAGACGUGGAGGAGAAGAGCAAAGAGUUUGUCCUCAAGGUGGAGGAGAAGAGCAUCGACCUCAUCCAGAAGUGGGAGGAGAAGUCCCGGGAGUUCAUUGGCAACUUCCUGCAGAUGUUCGGGCCGGAAGGAGCUCUGAAGCACAUGCUGAAGGAGGGCAAAGGUCGCAUGCUGCAGGCCAUCAGCCCUCGCCAAAGCCCCAGCAGUAGCCCCACUCGCGAGGAGCGCUCACCCUCGCCCACCUUCCGCCUGCCCUUCUUCAACAAGACCUCCCCGCCGCCCUCGCCGUUGCCUCACCACAGCGGGGCGCGGGGCUACCUCAUCAGUGAGGACGACGACGACGACAGCGAAGACGGCAACUAGAAUCGCCUCACCUGGCCACUCUGAGUUAGUUUUACUUUUUGAUUUUUCCCCUCCAACACCCGGCGCUGUUAUUUUGGUUGUUGGAAUUGAGCACUUGUCACCUGUUUAUAGAUUUGUAUUUUCUGAUUUUUGUGCACUACUUCAUCACAUGCUGUUUGUCAGUUGGCCUGGUGAAUGGGUCUGCAAAGAGUUGGGAAAUUUUCUGUACAUUUCCAUUCUGAUGUUAACCUCAACCUCUUAAAAUAAUGGUCUGUGUUUUUGGGGGGCGGGGGUUCAGACAACAAACAAAAGAAUAACCUAUUUCUAAUUAGAUUACAUUAUUAAUUUCAUUCCAGGUGUAGAAUUGAAAAAUCUGUUUAAGGAUUUUUUUGACAAUUUUAGCAGAGAUGUAGAUGUUUAGUAUAUGUUAGGGCAAUUUAUUAUUUUUUGUCAAACUAUGACUUUGGCCAUUAUUUUAAGGCACCGACAAUAAUGAGCCAUCCAUGCAAAAAUAUAUCACUCUCCUUAGAUGGCACAUGUAAAUCGGAGGAAAUCUUUGUUUUACUCAGAUUUUCCCCCAACUGUAUUUAAAUUCUCUAUUAAGAGCCAGCCUUCAAUUUUGUCAAUUCCCAGUUUACUCUCAUUAAUGACUGGAAAAGUGAAUGUGCAACCUUAAUCAUGAGAAAUGUUGACUCUAUUGACUUACUUUUGGGGUUAUUCACGUCCAUGUAUGGAGCCACAGUCCAAUUUUAAUGGUGAUUUUUACAGCUUGUUCAUGCAGUUUUACAACUUAUUCUUGUUUUCUCCUACCUCUGAGCAAAAGAAAACAGACAUGUUUCAUCUACUUCAAAAUUCUGAGCAUGUCUUGUAUACUAAAACCAAGUGUCAUAGCACUCUGCGGAGGGGCGGGACUUCUGUUACACUAACUGUUCCUAAUUUAAGGCACACCUUAAAAAAGAGACCAUCAUUACCUUUUGUAAAGGGUUAGUCAUUUCAUUCGAUUGCGCAUGUGGACCUGGUGUUGUGGCAAAGCAAGUGUCCCCAGUGUUAUAAAUUGGGAUCGCGUUCAUUGUUGGAAUACUGUAAUCACAUCGCUCAUGUCGGCAUGGCUGACGGAAAAUGUUCUGUCGUCUGUGGGAUAACUAAUGUCAACCAACAACUCCUGUGGCCACUUGUAAGUCAGCCACGUGUACAUGUUAUUAAGUGUAUAUUUUAAUUGUUUGGAUUUUACUGUUUGGAUAGGAAAGAGUAAAAUGGGAUAAAACUAUUAAACGUGUUGGCCAAAGAA